AUACUACUGUCGUCAGUAGCAACCCUCAUUGUAAACGAAGAUGGCGGCGGAUGAGACAGACAAGUACUAUUUGGAGAAGGAGCAGUUGUUGGUGGACUCUGAUGAUGAGUUCCAGUAUGAGGAAGUGCCAAUCGAUGAGGACUUUAUCCCCUCAGAGGUUGAAGAGGAUCUGGAUCGUGCUGUGAGAACCAUCAAAGAGGCAUCAGAAGAUAAUGAAGCUUUGAACCGCAGAGAGAGUAGCGUGAAGGCAUCUGUGAUACAGAAACCUGAGGUUGUGGAUGAUUUUGUCAGAAAUUUCCUGGUUAGGAUGGGAAUGAACAGGUCACUGGAUUGCUUUCAGACAGAAUGGUACGAACUCCAACAGCGAGGGAUGUUGCAUGAGGAAGAUGUGGGUGUUGUUCCUGACAUUUACUCUCGUAAUCAAGACCUGGAUAAUGAGGUCAAAUUUCUCAAAAAAGAGGUUGAAAAAUUCAAGAAUGCUGCCAUGAAAGCCAAAGAGACAUAUGUGAAACUGAGGAAGGAAAGAGACUACCAUCGCAUGCACCACAAGAGAGUUGUUCAGGAGAAAAACAAACUUAUUGAUGAUAUUAAGAGACUGAAGCGUCACUACGUCCAGUAUGAGCCCACACUGCAGCAGCUCAAGUCCAAGUAUGAGGUGGCGAUGAAGGAGAAGAUGCUGGCCAAGCUGGAGCGAGACCGUGCGGUUGGUCAGGUGACAGGGCUCCAGAGUACCCUCAAGAGCAUGGAGUCCUUCAAGGGAGCAUCCAACACUAAUCUCCAAGACUCUUCUUCCCUUCGCCGAAAUGCUCCAGAGGACAAGUUUGGACAUGGGCUGACCCAUCAGCGACUCGCAAUGGAAAGGUCAAUCUACAAUGGCAAGGAUGUCCGUGACCUGGGAGUAGACUACAAGAGACAUCCAGAUGAUACUGAGUUCCCUGUGGACACUGGGGUCAACCCAUACCUGUCCCAGGUAAACGCCCCUCCUGGUCACCUGACCCGAACAGGAGGAUUCCGACUGUCAAACACGUUCCAAGCUCACUCCCACCCUGUCAGUGGUUUGUCCCUGCAUCCACGUAAACAGAUUCUGGCAACAAGUAGUGAUGACCAUACAUGGAAAAUGUGGUCGGUACCAAGUGGCGAUAUCAUUAUGACAGGUGAAGGUCACACAGACUGGGUCUCUAGCUGCGAUUUCCAUCCAUCUGGUGCCAAACUGGCAACAACAAGUGGUGAUAGUACUGUGAAGAUCUGGGACUUCAGUAAGGCUGAGUGUGUGCAUACAUUCACUGACCACACCAUGGCAGUAUGGAGCUGUUCAUGGCAUUCUUGUGGAGACUUUCUGGCCACCUGCUCCAUGGACAACACCUCCAAAAUCUGGGACCUCAACAGUUUACGAUGUCGCUUCACAUUACGAGGCCACGCCGACUCUGUCAAUAGCAUAGAGUUCCUCCCCUUCUCCAACACGGUCCUCACAGCCUCUGCAGAUAAAACACUGUCUCUCUGGGAUGCCAGGACGGGUCUCUGUGCACAGACGUUCUAUGGACACAUGCAUUCAGUCAACAGUGCAACAUUCAACAUGAGAGGAGACACAGUGGCAUCUUGUGACUCGUAUGGUGUAGUCAAACUGUGGGAUAUCAGGAAUGUGGCGCCAAUGACCAGCCUUGACAUCGGUCCUCACCCUGCAAACAACGUUGCCUUUGAUCCAUCAGGUGUUGUCGUGGCAGUAGCAAGUAAUGACAGUGCUGUCAAAAUGUAUGAGGUGGGCUCUGGCCAGACAACAGCUCUCAUUGGUCAUGAAGAUGCUGUCCAGUGUGUCCUGUUUGACCGCAGUGGGGACUUCAUGGUGUCCGGCGGCAGUGAUAACACUGUCAGGAUCUGGUCAUAGGGACAUCGCAACUCAUGGCCAUACUUGUACUUCCGCAUAGGCCAUGGGGAAUCUUCGUUAAAAUGCUGUAAAUUGAACUUAAAUAUGGUUAAACAAUUGUAGUUACUUACAACCAUGGCCAUAGUUAAAUGAUAUGUUCAUGUACUUUUCCAUAAGUAAACUUUAUUAUGUUUAUUUACUGUUAUCAAGGAAUGAACUCUUUUUGGCUGACAUUUUCUCAAACAGUACAAAGUUAUUUUAAGUUUCAAUUUAGAUUUGAUUUCUGUGUAUAUUCUAAGUUUCUGUUUGUAAGUAGUCAGUAUGAUUUGUUAUUCUAUGUUCAUAAAAGAAUAUACUGAAUUUUUAAUGGCAUGAGAUGCUAAUAAUGUGAAUAAAACUGUAACUGAA